UUUUAAUUGGUUUGUUUGUUUUGUUAGAUCUCAAUGAAUUAAAAAAUGUGUGGUAAAUUAACUGUUCCAUGUCAUUCAUAGUCUUAAUUACUUUUUAUUGGUGCACGGGACUUUGUGUAGCGUACUUCCGAGGCUGUGUAGGGCCUGCAGUCUGUCGGAGCUUUAACACAACAGAACAUCUUCCGUGUUAGGACAUGUAAAGGAAAUCAGAUACGUUUUUUUUUUUUUCAAAUAAACAAGUUAUGGCACUGUUUGGAUUAAGGAUGGUGACAAAUAUGGUACAAUGGAUACCACUACUAAUGUUAUUAGUACCGCCCGCGUCACCAAGUUUACUACCAACACCUAACACAACUCAAACAUCGACUUUAAUUAUUAGCAAUGGCACAAAUUCAUCAGAAUUGUUUCAUUGGGAAGACUACACAGUCCUUGGUGCUAUGCUGCUAAUAUCGUGUGCUAUUGGAGUGUUCUAUGGCUACUGUGGGGAGAAGCAAACGACCGGAGAUGAUUUUCUUCUGGGUGGUUCGUCAAUGGGAACAUUUCCUAUGGCUUUGAGUUUAGGAGCAAGUUUUAUAACAGCUAUCGAGCUCUUGGGAAAUCCAGCGGAGAUGUAUAUGGCUGGCGCACAGUUUUGGAUGAUAUGUUUUGCCUUUGUAUUGGUUGUUCCUGUCACAAGUCAACUAUUUCUACCUGUUUUCAUGAGGCUACGGUUGACAUCCUGUUAUGAAUACUUGGAAUUACGCUUCUGCAAGUCCAUGCGCGUUUAUGCAAGUGUUUUGUACAUGCUGCAAAUGAUACUGUACACGGCGGUGGCUGUGUAUGCACCAGCUCUAGCGUUGUCCGACGUGACUGGGCUGAAUACAUAUCUGGCGGUUACGUUGGUCUACGUAGUAUGCAUUUUUUACGCGUCUCAAGGUGGUAUGAAAGCAGUUAUUAUGACGGACUCGUUUCAAACGGCUGUAUUACUCGGGUCAUUAGCAACAAUCCUUGCAUUGGGCGCCGCCCAAGUAGGUGGGUUCGAUGCAGUCUGGGACAACGCUAGAAAAACAGAUCGACUGCACUUCUUCAAAAUGGACCCGGACCCCACCGUGCGUCACUCCUUCUGGUCAGUGGUUGUAGGUGGGACCAUGUACUGGAUCAGCAUGUUCUGUGCCAACCAGGCCUCCAUACAGAAGUAUCUGUCAGUAGAGAGGUUGAGCCAAGCUCGCGUCGCGCUCUGGAUCGCCGCCGUCGGUCUGAUCGGCGUCUACUCCGUCAAUUUCAUCACCGGUGCCGUACUUGCAGCGCAUUAUCAAGGCUGCGAUCCUAUCGAGGCUGGUCUCAUAAACGCCUCCGACCGCCUCCUCCCACUGUAUGUUGUUAGAGAAUUUGGACAAUACCGAGGAGUUCCUGGCUUCUUCGUCGCAGGCAUCUUCGCUGCCAGUCUUGGGACAGUUGCAUCAGCGCUAAAUUCAUUAGCCGCUGUCGCAUGUCAAGAUUUAGCAAAUGGACUUUUAGGUUGGACAUUGCCUGAAGAUAAAGGAGCUAUUAUUGCGAAAUGGGUUUGCUUGGCUUGUGGGGCCAUAUCGUUUGCUCUAGUGUUCUUGGUAGAGCGACUUGGCCCAGUUCUACAACUGGCGUUAUCGUUCAACGGCAUGACUGGAGGUGUUUCAUUGGGGCUCUUCAGUCUAGGAAUGCUGUUCCCUUGGGCCAACUCCAAGGGUGCCACGGCGGGUGGGGUGUUUGGAUUAUUGGUGGUGGUGGCGGCCGGGGGAGGAGCACAGGUCGCUCAGCUCCCCUUGCCCAGACUGCCGGCUUCCAUCGACUCGUGCCCAGCUUCCUACAAUCUCACAUCUGACAUAUCAGCUAUAUCAAGAGAAAACCAUGAUGAAGCUGUGUUCUGGCUCUUCAGGAUAUCAUACUUAUGGUACUCGGGUUUGGGCUGCUUAGUGACACUAGUGGUUGGCAUGUUGGUCUCCGUGAUAACCGGGGUGACAGACCCCGCGCAAGUGCCCAUUGACAUGAUCUCACCACCUGUGAUCUCGUUUCUCAAUUCGUUACCAACGAAGGUCAAGAAAGCAUUGCGUGUGCCAACACGAAUGGGGAUAGAAAGGCGGCGAAGUUCGAGCGUGCGACCUCCGACCAUCGCUGACGACAAGGACACGAGGAGACGACGGCGCCUCUCCGAGCUCGCUGGCGGAGUGUUCUACAGCGACGCACAAGCCCUCACUCACGGACACGACAAUCCUGCGCUUGAUAACGACGCCAAAGAACCAGGAGAUCAUAGCCGACGCACUAGUUUUAAGCUAGAACCGCUGUCGGGGUCCCAGUUUAUACGCACCUCUACUUGCUAAAUGUUUUAGGUUAGAAAAGCUGUUACACUAGACAACAAUUUAAUUUAUUUUUAACACAUUUGUCAUGAUUUUGUAUGAGAAGCAUAAAAUUGUUUCGCGCAUAAUUGACUUGGUGAAAAAUAUUUUUUCUAAUACUAGGACUAGAUAAGUAUUAAAUAAUGUAAAAGUGUUCUUUUAUACCAUGAAUUUACUGAUUAAUAGAACUUCAGUUACUCUGAAUAGGUAGGAUUUUGAAUUGCUUUAAUUUCAGAUAAACUUAUAUUCUACCAAACUGAAAUUAAACACCAGGUUAUUUUUUAAUGCUUUUACCGAUUCGAAUGAAAUUUAAGUGCUUAAGUAUUUAUACAAAUCUAGGUAAUACAGAGCUAGGUUUUUUUAACUUAAUUAUGCAUAUUAUAUUAUUAAAAUAACAAUAAUUCUUAGCUUUAAGUAGAAAGGUUAAAUCAGAUAAUAUUAUUUUGCGUACCUAUUGAUUUUCUCAAUAUUAAUAUGUAGCUAUGUCAAAUAGAGACUUAUAAUUCUUUAUGUAAGACAUUUGCAAUAAUUUCCAAAAUGUUGUCUGAUAAUCUAGAAUUCUAGAUUCAAUUUUUUUUUAAUAAUAUUAAUACUUAUUUUUUACACGCUUUUUAUUAGCUUCACCUGUAUGUAUGUUUGUUUGAAACCGACUCAUUUGGGCGCGAUUUUGAUCCAAUUUAAACGGCCAGAUUUCAUUCAAACUUCGUAGAUUUAUCGAGGACCGUUGACAAUACAUUAAUUUGAUAAAUUUAUUCCAUUUUUCAAUUUGCAAAAUAAGAUUUUUGUUAAUUUAUAUAAUUUUUUCAUCUAUUGUCGAUAAGGCAGAAAUUGAUGUUCAUUUUAAAUUUCAACCAUUAUCUUUAAAGCCAAAGCGUGUUUUUUAGUUUUUUUUUAAACUAUUUUUAUUACUAAUUCGUUUAGGGCUUGCCUACCUGCACAAUGUCACAAUAUGUAGGUACCUACACGCAAGCCGGUCAACCUAACUAAGAACCCAGGGGGCCUACUCCUAAAAUCGAUAUUCGAUAAAUCGUCGCAUUAGUCGUGUCGAAUCCUACUCUUAGUUACAUCGUAAUCAAUGUCGAAACGAUGAUUGAACGAACGAAACAUUAUUCGAUAUUAUCGGCUACCCCUACUCUUAGUUGAAAAUGUCAGAGACGAAUAUUCGAAUUUCACAAAUAAUCAAACGUCACAUUUACGUUAAUCUCAACGACACCUUCUAGGCUGUCUGUGCUAUUAUCGUUUCAAGUUGUAUAGAUAUAUUUGCCAUACAAUAUACAUACUUAAUAAAUAUUAUUGAAAUAAUUAUAUGUUUUUUACUAUUCAACAGGAUUUUUUUACUACUAAGUCUUUUUGAUGAUCGUUUAUUGCGUAGAAAUAAUGCAAAUGGCCGCCUGUGAAAUAGGAAGUCGACGAGAAGGGUUGAGUUACUUUUUUUUAUUAUCCGCAAGUUUUGUAUUAUUUAUUCAAUUUAAAAUGGUCAUAUUAUAUUAAUUACAUAUUUUUUUAACAUUUACAUUAUGUGUAAAUGAUACCAAAUUGGUAAUGCAGAGUCUGGCAUGGUCCUUAGCGCCUUGACUAUGUUUUGACUUUUGGAUACUUAACAGCGACAUAGCACAGAUAAUAUUUAGGUUUAAACAUAUUUCAUUCACACUAACAUCGUAAAAAAAUAAAAAUAUUAGUCUAUCAGUAUUAUUGUAUCGUUGUCGAUUUCGCAAGUAGAUCUCCUGAGUCGAGAAGCGACCAUUCUCCCUCUCCGCAUUCCCCACCCCGCCGUCGUCAUGUUAGUAACGUUAGCAUCUUAGCACACUGAGCACCCAUAGAUUAUUAUUCAUUAUUAUACUGUUCUGUAUCUGAACAAAACAUAAUUAAUAUUUGUAAUUAUUCAAUAUUUUUACUUGUAUGGAAUACACUAAAAUGAGAUAUAAAAAAGUUCGUUACUAGUUCCGGUAACGAAAAGUACUAUUAAUUUUAAGGACACAACAAUCGGGAUAAUAUUCUAAAUUUGUUUCUUGAAUUUGUAACAUUAUUUUGUAUGCGUCCUUGAUAUUUUUGACUUAACGCCCGGUAUUGGCCAAAAACUUUUUUCAAGAGCUCCACCGAGCAUCAAGCAGUAUUUUGUGAUUUUAUGCUCACCUUUCAAUAAAAAUUGAACGAUAAUUAAGUGCGAGGUUAAAUUCUAUUUUUACUAGCCCAGUUGAUUUAAACGGCUUUUGUUGAUUUUGUCUUGCUGACCGUACUUCCUAGAACUGUCAUUCGAGCCAGGUCGCGAGUUAAGUUGACGGACUUUUAGGUAAUCAUGAUAUCCUACGCUUUAAUUUUUAAUUAUGAUUAUUUUAGGACCUUGUUAUAAUCUCCAUUCUUAUUACAAUUAAUAUUUAAAAAUGUUUAAGGUUUAAAUGGUUGUGCUAUUGCUACUGCAGUCUUCUUUACUUUUUAAAUUAUAAUAAUUUCUAAUAAAGCAUGAAUAAAUAUAUAUAUUUUAUGGAUUAUUAUCUAUCGACUUCAUGUCUGAAAUAAAUGAUUUAUUAUUAUAUC